AUGGAAGAGGCCAGAGAUGUUGUUUUUGAGAUUGACCCUACUAGUGCAGGAGGUCCUGAUGGAUUUAAUGCUAACUUUUUCCAGCUCAACUGGGACAUCACUGGCCAUGAUAUUUAUCAGAUGAUCCUGGAGGUUCUAAAUGGUGAAGAGCUUACUUAUGGACACAUUUCUCCAUUUCUAAACGUAGCUAAGAAACUCGCGGACAGGGGAUUCUUGAUUUACCUCUGUUCUACGCCGAUUAAUCUCAAAUCCACCAUUAAGAAAAUCCCUGAAAAGUAUGCUGAUUCGAUUCAGCUUAUCGAACUUCACUUACCAGAAUUACCCGAACUUCCUCCUCAUUACCAUACGACCAAUGGUCUCCCGCCCCAUCUCAAUCACACCCUUAAAAAGGCCCUGAAAAUGUCCAAACCAAACUUUUCAAAAAUCUUGGAAAAUCUGAAACCUGAUUUGGUGAUUUAUGACAUAAUGCAGCAAUGGGCUGAACGUGUCGCGAAUGAACAGAACAUUCCAGCAGUGAGGCUACUAACUUUCAGUGCAGCUGUGACUUCGUAUUUUGUCAACUUAGUAAAGAAACCAGGAGUUGAAUUCCCUUUCCCUGAUAUUUAUCUCAGGAAAAUUGAACAAGUAAAAUUGGGUGAAAUGUUGGAUAAAUCUGCUAAAGAUCAAGAACCCGAUGAUGAAGAACGUUUAGUGGAUGGAUAUAUACAAAUCGCGCUUAUAUGUACCUCUAGAACUAUAGAGGCUAAAUACAUAGAUUUUCUCUCUGAAGUGAGCAAUAUGAAAAUUGUUCCA